CAGAGCCACACUGGACAGAUGACCAGCAGAUGGAAGCCUGCCCCUAGCUGCAGAGCUGCCUUUGAAGUCAAGGCCAACUGGGACUCACUCUCUGAGAUAUUUGCACCUGAGUGUUUUGGAUGCUGGUAUGGAAUCCCUGAGUUUAUUUCUGUUGGGUGUGUGGACUCCCAUCCCAUCACCUCAUAUGACAGCAUCUCUCAGCAGAAGGAGCCUCAGGCACUGUGGAUUGUGGAGAAACUGGCACCCGAUCGCUGGGAGAGGUACACACAGCUGCUGCAGGGCUGGCAGCAGGAGUUCAAGGUGCAGCUGAAACAGCUUUGGAGCCACUACAACCACUCAGGUUUUCAUACCUACCAGAGAAUGAUAGGUUGUAAGUUACUAGAAGAUAGAAGCACCACAGGAUUCUUCCACUAUGCAUAUGAUGGACAGGAUUUCCUGGUCUUCAAUAAAGGCACCCUUUCCAGACAGGCUAUAGAUCAUGUGGCUCACAUCACCCAGAAAACAUGGGAGGCCAAUCUGCAUGAGUUACAGUAUCAGAAGAACUGGUUAGAAGAAAAAUAAGAAUGUAUUGCCUGGUCAAAGAGAUUCCUGGACUAUGAGAAAGAGACCCUGCAAAGGACAGAGACACAAAGAGAAACUUCUCUGGGGAUUGCAAUUCUUUUCUGCAGAGCACAUGGUUUUUUUAAUCCCCCAGAAAUUUCCAUGAUCUGGAUAAAUAAUGGGGAAGAAAUUGUCUAGGAAAUGGAUUCUGGAGAUCUUCUUUCCAAUGGGGAUGGGACCUAUCAGAAGUGGAUAUCAGUUGGUCUGGAUCUUCAGAGCAGUGACCUCUACUCUUGCCAUGUGGAGUGCUGUGCACAUUGCCUGCUAUGUGGUUAG